CAAGAGAAAAGGUGGCGGACGAGGGGCGUGGCAAAGCGAUUAGUGCGGCCUGGACCCUCCGUGCCUUGCGCGCUGCGGGCUCUUUGCGUCUGCGUAGUUCGCUCACCUCCCUUUCUAACUCCGCUGCCGCCAUGGCUCCUGUGAAAAAGCUUGUGGCAAAGGGGGGCAAAAAAAAGAAGCAAGUUCUGAAGUUCACUCUUGAUUGCACCCACCCUGUAGAAGAUGGAAUCAUGGAUGCUGCCAAUUUUGAGCAGUUUUUGCAAGAAAGGAUCAAAGUGAACGGAAAAGCUGGGAACCUUGGUGGAGGGGUGGUGACCAUCGAAAGGAGCAAGAGCAAGAUCACCGUGACAUCCGAGGUGCCUUUCUCCAAAAGGUAUUUGAAAUAUCUCACCAAAAAAUAUUUGAAGAAGAAUAAUCUACGUGACUGGUUGCGCGUAGUUGCUAACAGCAAAGAGAGUUACGAAUUACGUUACUUCCAGAUUAACCAGGACGAAGAAGAGGAGGAAGAUGAGGAUUAAAUUUCAUUUAUCUGGAAAAUUUUGUAUGAGUUCUUGAAUAAAACUUGGGAACCAAAA